AUGCCGUCGGAACAGGCCUUAGUGUCGACAGACACACAGGAAUUGAUAGAACCACUACUGAGAACUUCCCAAGCUUCGAUUCCAUUCCCAGCUCAACACGCUAUUCUGAAAGCGAUCCAGUACCACCUCGAAGACCACAUCUUUCAAUUCCUUCAGAAAUGGCUCUUGGCCGAAUCUCAGGCUGUAGGCUGGACAUGCGUUGAGGCAGUCGAGUUGCACAAGGUUUUCGAGUUCUUGGCCGACCACACAGAGCGAAUAGAAGCGCAAAUAAAUUGUCCACCAGCACAGUCGAUUCAGAAAUGGCAUCGCGUGAUUAGCAACGUUCGUCACGCGUCUGUUCACCGUAUUCCGCAAGCUCGAGACAUCUUGCUUCGAAUGGUCCGACACGCGAUCGGCUUUGUGGGAAGCAUCGCCGGCGGAAGAAGCCCACAAAGCCUUCGUCGACUUUAUCGCUUCGUCAAGACAAUACUUCAUGUCUCAGAUCGCUUGCAAGCCCAGCUGAGAGAUAAAGUGAGGUUCCAGGUGCAGUUGUGCAACGCUCACCCUGAGCAGCUCGGACGCCGAUUACAAUUACUGCCAGAGGCCAUGAAAAGACUUCUGAGAAACAUCGAGCAGCGCAUGGUGUCCCAAAUUCAAGAUUUUCUACAGCUCGAGUUUUCCUAA